AUGCCGAGCCCGGAGCCGGGCGCCGAUGCGACUUGGCCGCCCAGGCCGCGUUGUCUUACAUGCAAACGCCGGAAGGUAAAAUGUACUGGCGGUCCUGAGCCGUGCGAAAACUGCCGCCGUCUGAGACUCGGCUGCACCUUCAACUACCCGGAGUCGGCCGUCUCCUCAGAGCCCGGGGAUCCCCACAACUUACUGGCGCCCACGGAGACCCUCACCGAGGCCGGGACCAGACGCCGGCGCAUUGCCAACGCAUGCGCCGAGUGUCGCGCCCAGAAGGCAAAAUGCUCCGGUCACCGUCCUCAGUGCUUCCACUGUAACCGGCGGAACCUCACCUGCGUCUACCCAUCCGCGCCGUCACGACGAAAGAGUCGGCAUACGAAUGGUCAACCACAGCAGUCUGCGUCCCCCGAGUCAUCCAGUACAUGCACGCUGAGCCAGGGAGCUUCAUAUGAAGCUGAGUCGACGCUGCAGCAGUACAUGAAGACGCCUUCGCUCAACACCUCUCUUGAGCAGACGCUGUUGAGCACAGAUGUCAUCCGACAACAUCUCGAAGUUUUCUUCGACCAUGUCUACCCCUUAGGAUACGACUUCUUCCACCGGCCGUCGAUGAUGGAAGAGUUCUAUGCUGGCAAGCUUCCCCCGAUACUUUGUACUUCUGUCUGUGCCGCGGCGGCAAUCUUUGUGUCACGAUCCCGAGAGUCGCGAGUACUCUCUAUCCAAUGGGCAAAGGAAGUUGACGGGUACAUCUUUGCCAACCUGAACGUUUUCAAGGUUCUCAACAUCCAGCUCAUGGCUCUGUCAAAGUUCCAGAACUUUGCGUACAGACAGUUUGGAAAGGUGUGGCUACUGAUCAGCACCGCGGCGAGGUUAUGUGUGUCGUUCCAGCUGAAUGACGAAAGGCCGCUGCCGCCAGACGCCGACACAUCGACAGUCAUCCGGCGAGAGUGUGAGAGGAGGCUGGUGUGGCACGUUUGGUGGAUGGAUAAGGGGCUCUCUGCGGGUUUCGACGAGUUCACCUGUCUGCCGAACCGCUGGAUGAGGACGCCACUGCCGAAUGCUGAACAUACAUUCCGUCACGGGUUGCUGAAGCAAACGAGCAAGCUCAGUGAUGGCGUUGAAGCCCUGGCUGCUCAUGAUGCUGGAGCCAGAGCCUAUGUCAUGAUUUUGUUUAGUCUCCGAUCAACAAAAGCAAUCGUCCUCGAAAGCCGCUCCGACUCGUCCCCCGCCGCAGUCGCCAAGGCCCUGACAACCCUCAAAUCCCUCCAGUCCCAGCUCGCAAACUUCCUCGCCCACAUGCCUUCGCAUAUCCAGCCUAGCGAGCUCAACAUGUUCUCUCACUCGACGACCCCCGAGUUCUCCGCCUACAUCACCCUGAACUCGUGGUACCUCCAGACCUGCUGCGACCUCUACCGCACCUGUCUCCCCGGUCACGCCCGCGAGUCCGCAGCGCCGGCCUUCACAUCCAAAGCGCCCCCUGAAUUCGUCUCUACAUGGCGCGCCCUCGCGGUCUCGCACGCCCUCCGCAUGGCUCGUCUGUGGGAGCAUCUUCAGGCGUUGCGGUCUAAAGGCGCGCUGCACUCGAAGCAGACGCGUCUCCCCAUUGGUUUGGGGUAUGGCAACAUGGUUCAUCAAUGCACCAAGACGCUUCUCACGGCAAGGAGAUACAGUUUAUACGAUAACCUAGUGGACCCUAUGACAGACACACCAGUCACACUGGACGAUGAGACGGUCGAGGCAUUAUGCAAGAGCAACCUCGCCUUACUCGACGACAUGUCCAACAUCGCGCCCAUCAUCGCCGUCCUCCAGCAAGACGUCAAAAGAAUGAUCGAGACCGAGACCACAAACCGCCAUACCGCACCCGAAAGCCCGGAAGAAGCAGCCCCGAUCAGCAGCGAAGUCCAACGCAACACGCUACUGAGCAGGUACCACCCCCUCUCGCAGAGCUUCGACGCCAACGCGAAGACGGUCGACGAGGUCGCGAUCCAGCACUCUGACUCGCCGCAACUCUCCACGCGGUCACUGCACGGAGACGUGCCCAUGGCGGAUAGAGAUCACUAUCAAAUGCACGCGCCCAGCGACAUCUACCAGGCCUCGACGGCGCACCCGAUAGGCCUCGGUCAGAUCGACUCCAGCCUCGACGGGCCCAUGACGUGGUCGGGCUUCGCGGAGAACCAGCUGGCGCAGGAUUACUACGUUGCGCCGUCGCAGUUUGACAUGAGCGGCGAGCUUAGCUGGUUCUUGUCAAGCUACCUCGACCCGGAUCCGAGCCCGGGGGCCGGACACGGAGGAGUCUCGACGGCCGGGUAA